UAAACCUAUAUUUUAUUGUGAAUGGACAAUAUUGUAGAUAAGACAAUUGUAAACAAUUUAUAUUUACAUCAAAAUAUGAGUAAAGUUAUAGAAAUUAUUGAUUCUGAUGAAGAUGCCGCGCCGACUAGGACAUCUUUGAAUGCAGCCAACGAAACUUCUCCAGGACAAUCAAGAAGGCGCCCUCGAAAGAGUGUCCUGCAUGCAAUUGAUGAUGCUGAAGUGCAAUUCGAAACAAUUGCCGUGGAAGAUGAAGAAAAGACAAAUCCACAAGAAGACAUUAGUUUAUUGAAGAGUAGCAGCUCAGGAAGACCACUGUCACGAUUGACUCCAAAAACAACACCAAAAAUACUUGCCCCCAAACCACCGUCAAGCGCGGAUGCAGCUCAUGCUACUUUCGAGGAAUAUUUAACUAGGCCCGAUGUCAAGGAAUGCAUGACAUCCAUAGCCCUGGAACGAGUUCGCGUUAACUAUUUACUUACCCUAUUUGGCAUGCCGGAAAUAAACUUCUCGCUUUACACCCAGCCAGAUAUUUUAAAGUUUCAAUUUGAAGAACGACUGAAACAACAAAAAAUGAUGCAAAAUGUCGGAAGCCGUGUGCGAAAUCCGGCGAAACCAGAUUCUGUGCCAACUUAAGACAGUACAAUUUAGAACAAUUCUUUGUGUAGUUCUAGUAGUUUGAAACUUAAACUAAAAAGAUUCUUGAAUAUUUAAAAUAUAAUAUAACGGUGACUGAAAAGCUGAGAAAAAUUUUUUUUACUUCUGGCAAUGGAGAACAUGUAUUCCUAGCCUCAAUAGAACACUAAAAAGAUAAUUUUUUGAAAUUCUUUACGAACAAAAAUUUUCAAUUUCAGUUAAAUUCAUUACUGAUUAUAAAAGAAAUUGGAAUAAAAAUACACCACAUUAAAUCUAUUGGUAUCAUCUGCUCAGA